UAAUUUUUGGUCAAUACAUCAAAUAACAAAGCAAAAUUUCGAAUUGUAAAAAUCAAAUUUCAAUUGAAUUGAACAUUUGUACCCGGCAGGAGGACGGAGUGAAAAAGGCAAAAUCCUUAAACUGCCGACUAUUUGUGCACUUACCCUAUAAUAGCAGCAAUAGAUGUCCGUAGUGCCACUUAUGUUUCGCGACUGGUGGGAUGAAUUCGAAUUUCCAACGCGUACAUCGCGUCUUUUGGAUCAGCAUUUUGGAACAGGUUUGAGACGUGAUGACUUGAUGUCAUCGGUUUGGAACUCACGUCCCACCAUGCUUCGUUCAGGCUACUUACGGCCGUGGCAGCGCACCACUGGCCUGCAAAAACAGGAUUCUGGCUCUACGUUAAAUAUAAAUGAGGAAAAGUUUGAGGUGAUACUAGAUGUGCAACAGUUCUCCCCUAACGAGAUCAGUGUUAAGGUCACUGACAAAUGGGUCAUUGUCGAGGCUAAGCACGAAGAGAAACAAGACGAACACGGCUACGUAUCGAGGCAGUUCACUAGACGCUACAUGUUGCCAACCGACAUUAGUCCCGACUCGGUAACCUCUUCGUUGUCAUCGGACGGUCUGUUAACCGUAACAGCGCCCAUGAAGAAAUUGCCUCCCCCCACCGCUGAACGUGUUGUGCCAAUUUCCAAAACAGGCCCAUCUUCCAAGGAGGAUAAGGACAAAAAGGUUGAGACUUCGACUACCUGAGCGCACUUUCAACGAUGCUGAUGAUUUACCAUUACUAAGAGAUAUCUGCAACUGACUGCUUCUUAUAUAUACUUUUGAUACGAUUAUUUUUACAUUUUUAACAAUUUGCUGCUAUUUCAAAUACAAAAACCAAAAUUCCUAACGUUUAUAUAAAAUGUUUACAUUAUAUUAA